AGGAGGAAAGCAGUAGGUCUAGGCUAGGUCGGCCUAGGAUUAACUUUUUAAAAUAAAGUUGAAUGGCAAUGGCAGACUAAAGGUGAAAAGGUUAUUUCCGCUUUGAGAAAUGUUUACAUCUAACGACCACUUUGGAUAACAACAGAAGCUGAACUCUGAAACAUUGUCAUUUUAUCAUGAUCAUCAUAUCUCAGAAAUACUAUAGGCCACUAGAUCUAUUGGUUUAUCAUUAGAUCUAGAUCUAGCUACUUGUUUGCGUAUGUCAUGUUCGACUUAAUGUUGCGACACGAAUAAUCUAGAUUCUAGAUCCAGCAGCUUUCGAUUCCUACUCAAUAGGCUUACUGAGGCUUACUCAAUAAAAUAAAUUUCAAUAAAUCAUGGCACUUUUUACCCGUCGAAGAAUAUUUAUGUUUUUAACUGUUUUAUUAGCGGUUAUUUUUGGGGAAAUAAUCACCAUAAAGCGAAGCAGUUAUGAAACUAAAGCAGUGAUUAUACGUGUCAACUUUAUUGUCGUGUUGGAAAUUAUUAUAUUUGCAUUUUCCUGUAUGAUUUGGAAUAGACUUGAACCAUUAAUCACUAGAGGAACUACAGGUGCUAUUGAAAGCAACAACACACAAACUACAGAAUCUACUACAACUACUGGUUUGAGAAAAUGCAAAAACUCUGAACUUGACCUGUCUGAUGAUACCAAUAGAAAUCCUAAUGUUACCAAUGAGGGCAAUGACACUUCAAGAAAUUCUGAGUUAACCAACUCAAAGAAAUGGUCUAUUUGGCACGUGGUAUUAUUAACCUAUCUAGGAACCUGUCAUUUAAGUUAUCUUACAAAUGUAUUUCUUAUUUCUUCAGAACCACACUGGAUUAGUUUAUUUGCAUAUGCUUGCCUAGGAUCAUUUAUUCAACUGAAUACUGGAUUAGUCAGUUUUAAGCUAAUAUCAGUUCUGUUAAACAUUUUAAAUAGAGCUUUUGCGUUACGUUGUAGAAUUUCAAAAAAAAGUGGUGCCUUUCUUGCACUCAUCUACACAUUAUUGAUCUCAGUUUUUGGAUUAUACACGGCUUCACAAUUACCUGCAAUAAAAAAUGUUGCAAUUCCUGUAAAGGAUUUACCUUCUGCUUUAGAAAAAUUGACAAUUGUUCAACUUAGUGAUAUUCACUUGGGACCCACUGUAGGGCUUUCUAAAUUGAGAAAGAUUCAAGAGCUUGUUAAUCAACAAAAUCCUGAUGUUGUAGUUUUAACUGGCGACUUGGUUGAUUCACCUGUUUACAAACUAAAAGAAGCAGUAGAGCCCUUGUCUGCCAUCAACUCAAAGUAUGGAAAAUAUUUUGUUACAGGUAACCACGAAUAUUAUACCGGGGAUGUUGAUAAUUGGUUUUCUGUCCUUGAAUCUCAUGGAUUCAGAGUACUUCAUAACAGCCAUGUUCUAAUCCCUGAGGAAGCCUCAGACAAAGAAGGCCAGAUUUGUCUAGCAGGGACUGAUGAUGUUCAAGCAGAAAGACUUGGAUAUGGUGACCAUAAGUUUGAUUUGGAUAAAGCCGUUAGUAGCUGCAAUACAGCUAGACCUGUGAUUCUGCUAGCUCAUCAGCCAAUAGCAGCUAAAAGAGCUGUGGACUCUGAUUAUAGAAUUGAUCUUGUUUUGUCAGGUCAUACUCAUGGUGGCCAGUUGUUUCCCUUGAACAUCCCAGCAUACCUGCUCAACCCAUACUUUGCUGGCCUCUAUCAGGAUCAAAGAAGAGGAAGUUUUGUCUAUGUCUCACAAGGAACUCAGUACUGGGGUAUUCCAAUGAGAAUAUUUACAUCAAUGGAAAUAACAAAGUUAACAUUAUAUUCUAUUCAUUGAUUCGAUUCAUUUUAGACUGCAUUUGUUUUCAUUUUUUUUUUAUUUUAUACAUUCAGCAUUCAAAGUUUGGUAUAGAUUAGUUAAUAUUACUACAAUUUGAUUAGACAAGGGUUAUUUGUUUUGCUGACCUUGUUGUCCUAAGUUGCUUUAAAUUAAAGAAAAUUUUAAUUUUAAAAAAUUGAUACAUUUUGGAACUUUAAAAAUUCUAAAUAUGGAAAAUAAACAUAUUAAAAUUCUGUGAUGUGACUGUU